UGUAUUUGCAUUGUUACGUGCAUUUGAGUCCCGGCCGCCGUUUCCUCUACCGGCCUUUCCUUGUUUUGCUGUGGUGCAUCGGAGAUCUGCAUUAACACUAUUUAUAUUGUCAAUUUUCGAAAAGGAAAGGGGCGGACCAUGCGUCCUUUUCCAGAGCUGAGCUGAAAGCGACCAUGGCACAAGGGGGACGAAGGGCGAAAAGACCUUGGCACUCCCCACUCCUGCUGCUCCUUGCCAUUCCUCAUUCUCAUCUCAUGAGUGAUGGUCAUUCACAUUUCCUGAACUUUAAUCUUUCUUUUCUUCGUUUCCUUUUCCUGGAAAUUACUUUCACAGCUUUUAUACCUUCGUUAGAUCAAUAUCUUCAAGAAAGUGAUCCCGGACACGCACAGUUCACACCUCAGGGUCAGCGCCAGGAGCACCAUUCUGUCGCACGCACUCCCACUAAAAGUACAUUUUCCACUCCCUCCUCUACCGUUGCACGGCUUCCAUCAAUCUCAGGUGCGGCACCACCUCAUCCUUUACACUCAACCAUCAACUCUCUCAACACGUCGUCCUCGUACUCUCAUCCUGGCAUGCUCGGUCCUGGCACUGAUCCAGGGCUUGGACCAGCACCUCCACCAUCUCUCACACUGCCACCUCUGAGGGAGCUCGACAAGACCAUCCGACCCGAUCCCCAUAUUUCCUCUUCGGGAAUGGGCAGUAUGGGAGUGCUGCCUCGGUCGCAAGCGUCUGAUCCACAUCAUCAGCAGUACUCACAGCCACCGAGACCAGGACCACCUCCAUACAUUUAUACUCAGCAACAACAACCAGUGCAUUUCAUGCCGCACCACGCACAUGGCUCACCCUCACCUUACGGACCCGGUUCUCAGCAGUAUUUCUCGCACGAUCAUCGUAAUCGUCAGUCGUCGUCUGUAGGGUCUUUGCCAGAUCUGUAUAUGGGCUCCUCCUCGGCACCCUCGACUACAACCACAUCGAGCCUCUCAAGAGCUGACUCACUAUCGACUAUGGAGUACUUACAGGGCUCGCACCCCCAUACAAAUAUUUACGGCCUCUCUCGGCAUCAUCCUGGCAUCGCCGACAACGUAAGUACCACGAUAGGGUCAACGACCGGAAGCAGUUAUGGUUACAGUGCUGCAGGCAGUACAGGUAGCAGAGAACACAGCCUUAGUCACCAUCAUCAUCACCACCAUCAUCAGCACUCCGCAGGUCAUGGACGCGCCGACUUGGACGCGGCGGUACAUCAGCAUCAAUUGCACCAGCAGCGUCUUCAAGAACCUGUUGAUUACAGUACUGCAGGUUCAUUAUCUGCAGCGGUCAAGUUAAGAGUCAGAGGCGGAGUAGAGAUACCAAGCAUUGCCGGCGGUAGAGUAAGAUUGACCGGUAGCUCUGCUGGUUCAGAGCAACAGGGUCGGAACUCGACCAAGCGUGCGGCACAGAACCGAGCUGCACAGCGUGCAUUUCGACAGCGGAAGGAUCAGUAUGUCCGCGAGUUGGAGCGUAAAGCGGAAUUGCUGCUGCAGGCCGAAGGCAGGAUCAUGGAGCUGACUAAGCGGAAUCGUGAGCUCGAAGCGGCUUUGGAGGAUUCUCGGAGAUCCACCUCGUCGAAUUCUCCUCGACAGCCGAGGAAGUCAUCACCGAUUUCUGCUGCAGACGAGCCUUCUGAGGCUACUGAAAUGAAAGAAUCUACUGCAGUGAACGAGUUACCGACCAGUAUGGACAGCGAGCAGGAAAAGGGUGUUGAGGACCCAGAGCGCAGUCCUCAAGAGGGACACAAGUCUCAGGAGCCCUCAACACGUCCCCCAUUAAGUCGCUAUGCUUCGAUGCAGCAGCUGCAGCAGCAAGCUACACCACAUCAGCGUUCUGACUCGAAUUACGAAAUCGAAGAUAACAAUAGCAAUCCGCGCUAUUAUUUACGCCACCAUCGCUCGGAGUCGUGUCUGAGCCAAGGGAGGAGAGGAACCAAAUACGCUGACACUGGCGAUGACUGUAGUGCAGCCCAAGAGAGACACGAUGUCAGAGGCGGAUCCACGGAAUCGAGAUUUGAGAGCCCUUUGUCCACACAUGGUGCUCAGAGGAGUAACUCGCCGCAUUUUGACUGUUCCGAACCAUCAUCGCCCUCGUCUAAACAUCAAUACUCAGGCACUCAAGGUUCGUUGUUUUUGCAAAAACAGGCGCUCCUGCAUUCUAUUCCGACCAUACAAGGAGAUAGAUCUGGGUCUGCAGGCGCGACUGCGUGUCCAGACCUGUCCUCUGCAAGGUCUUGGUAUCGACAGACGGAGGACAGUGCAAAGCCCUAUUAUCCUUUGGAGACUGCAACGUUUUCGGAUCCGACUGCUCAUGGAGGUAUGGUUGCCGCAGCGUCCUCACCCAGCAAAGAAUAUAGCGACCAUCCAGGAGCUCGCGUGGCCGAGAUAGAGUACAUGUCCGACGACCGUUCCGAGUACGGAAGCGAGUACGACACGAUCGAAAAGCGGCCCAGUGACGGGUCUAUCGGCUGGCCUAGCGCCAACAGCAUUGGUGACGGAUCAAAAUCCUAUUUUUCUUCGCCACGCAGAUAUUCGAAUAUUAUGGGUGGGGAAAUUAGGAAGCAGGCUAGCUGGAACUCUUUCCAUGGCUCCCCUUCGGCAUCGGCAUCGGCAUCGGCAUCGGCAUCGGCAUCGGCAUCGGCAUCGGCAUCGGCAUCGGCAGGAGCAAGGACGGCGUCUAGUAGAUUAAGGGAGGAUAUGGAGAUGCAAGAGUCGGUCAAUCAUCACCCUCGACAGCGUCAUCUGCACCAUCGAGCAAGCACGGGCAAUGUGUCCAUCCGAGAUGGUCAGCGACGGCCGCAUGGAGGUGCGAAGCAUCACUCACAAAUGAUGAUUGAUAGUCCGAAUUCGAGUGCUUCUGAACCGAGGUUCUCGUCGUCGACACUGCCUCAAAUGACUCGUGAGCAGCAAUACUUCGCUUCUCUGGAACAACAACACCAGAGGCUUCAACAGCAGCAACAGCAACAGCAACAGCAACAGCAACAGCAACAGCAACAGCAACAGCAACAGCAACAGCAACAGCAACAGCAACAGCAACAGCAACAGCAACAGCAACAGCAACAGCAACAGCAACAGCAACAGCAACAGCAACAGCAACAGCAACAGCAACAGCAACAGCAACAGCAACAGCAACAGCAACAGCAACAGCAACAGCAACAGCAACAGCAACAGCAACAGCAACAGCAACAGCAACAGCAACAGCAACAGCAACAGCAACAGCAACAGCAACAGCAACAGCAACAGCAACAGCAACAGCAACAGCAACAGCAACAGCAACAGCAACAGCAACAACAACAACAACAGCAACAACACACAGUGCAGCAACGUGGGUUCCCACAUACGCCCGAGGACGAAUAUCCGCCUCCAGGAGGGCCCUUUGGUGGACUGGCCCGCGUACAACCUCACUCUCCACUUUACGGACCACCCCAUCAGCAUCGCCAAGGACAAGGAAAAGGGCAGGAAAAUUACAGCACGACCAGAGAACAUACAGACAACUUCGUGAGAACACAUCCUGCGGAUCUGAAUGGAUCUGAUAUGGAGGCGACUUAUGAGCAUCCUCGGAAUAGGAUCGGCCAUCAGAGCAGGAUCAGCGGCGCUGGAUGUAAUAGGGAGACGAUGAUGGGGUCGCCAUAAGGACUCAGACGGCGCGUUUGGCUUGGAGGCUUAUUUUUUAUUUUUUAAUGAACAACUUACGACUGACAUGACACUUAUACCGCCUAAUUGCUUGGCAUCUUCUCUGUUUUUAUUGUAUACUACAUACUACACAUCCUCAUGUAUCACAUCCGUUUCCGUUUGUACCACGUCCAUAUCUUCACCCUUUUUCUGAUUUGUUUCAGUAAAUUGGUUUUUCCAAAACGUGCUUUUGCUUCCUGCUAUUCGCCUACUCUGGAAUGUAAAAAA